CGACAUUUGAAACUAUUAUCUUCCACUUUUUCACUUCGUCUCCUGGUUUGCUUGUAUAGCACAUUUGCACAUUACUAGCUACUGAUUCUUGUAUCUAUUGAUAAAUUUGGUUUCAUGUAGUGAGUUUACUGGGUAGUUGCUUAUGGUUUCAUCAUGUUAUUUUGAUCCCUUAGACUCUUGUUAAUACACUUAAAUCCUUAAGAAACAUAUCCUCAGACAAAAAAUAAAUAUACCAGCAACUAAAGUUGCGAAACACCUUAGAAUCACGCAAAUUUGUGACUCAUUUUGAUGAUACCAACUGUAAAGGAACGUCAAGCUGGAGCUUAUGAUUUCAGAAAAUAUUAUGAAAAUCUGUGUGCGCUGCGAAAUUGCUCCCCGCUCUCUGUAAUCACAAGCCAUGUUGAUAAUGGAGUUCUUGACAUAAGUGCAGAUAGAAUAAAGACUCAAGAGUGGGAUCCAGUUUUUGAUGCUAUUAAAAUCAAUAAAAGCCUGCAUUUCAUUGCAGUCAGAAGUUUCUAUCAGUAUAAUAGCGUUUCAGACAGUGCAACUUCAACCAAUCGACGACGUCCACCAAUUUUACUAUCCAGUUCAAAACUUUUAUUAAAUUUAUGCAAAGCAUUACGUCACUGUGCAUGUGUUACAGAAAAAUUAACAUUUUUAGAAUUGCAAAAUCUCCCACUCAGUAAAACAGGUUUAUUACAAAUUUGUGAAGGUAUUAGAAAAAAUCGUACAUUGAAACAUUUGUCAUUUGAAGGUUCUUCCAUAAACGAUGAUGGUCUUGAAGAAAUUUGCCGAGUUUUACGUCAUGUCCCAAAUAUUUCAACUCUCAAUUUAACAUCAUGUAAUUUGUCAAAGGAUGGAAUCUCUGCAUUGACUGUACUUAUCAAUGUAAGUAAAUAA